AUGCGCCUUGCCGAGAUCAAAAGAACGCUGGGCAGGGUACUGUCCCCGGCCGGGAAGCUGCUGCCCGAACACAACAAAGUUGAGUCCCAGCAGACCGGGCAGGUGGUACUCUUGCUGGAAGCAAACACAGCAGACACUCCUGCUGGUUCCCGCACAGGCAGAAAUGACUGA